CACCACGCUGAGUGUGCGUAUGAAAACCUGCAAUGUGCUUUAACAUCACCAUGGACUUCUUUUCUCUUGCAAAUCUUCAUUCCUCCCACCCUUCCUUUCUCUCGCUCUCUUCAGCCUGCCGGCGUCUGUGUGCCAAAGAGAGUGUGUGUGUGCGGGUGUGAGAGAGAGAGAGAGAGAGAGAGAGAGAGAGAGAGAGAGAGAGAGAGAGAGAGAGAGAGAGAGAGAGUGUGUGUGUGUGUGUGUGUGUGUGUGUGUGUAUGUGUGUUUGUCUCUUGUCUUUGCAUCUCGGGACGUCUGUGUCUUUUUGAUUUGCACCGAAGAGGGAAAAAGCUGUUGAAGCUGCGCCUCGUUGGAAAAAAUGCACUCUACACGCUGUCAUUGGUAUCAUUACGUUUUUCACGCGUCUUCAUCUUGCACCCAUCCGGUUCCUUCGGCAUGACUUCAACACCCCGUUUUAAAGACUUCACUUGCCUGUUAUUGCAAACUCGGAUUGCGUCUGAAACGGAACAUGGGAAGCACCUCUGGAUGUUAAUGAAGACAAAGCAGCCGAUUAAUAUUUCAAGAAAUCGUAUAGUGCUGCGCGUACUGCAGUAAUGCUAUAUUCAUAUUGAAAAAAACAGGGGGGGGGCACUGCAAAGUUGGAGCACCGACAGCACACAUUCACGCACACGCACACACACGCACACACACACACACACACACACACACACACACACACACACACACACACACACACACACACACACACACACAAGGGCGCGCACACACACACAGGUGGAGUGACCCGGUAUCGAGGAAGCCCCGAAAACCUCGCCAAAGUGGUGAGUGAAAGAAGAUGAUGCAGUGGUCUACUGGAACUGGGAGCAGUCGAAUUGGUAGUAAAAAGGAACCAUAUGAGUUUUCUCUUCUUAUGGGGCUUGUGUCAUAGCUGUUGUAAACAGUGGAGAGCAGAGACAAUACAGGAGCUGGAUGUCUGCUCAUCUAGCUUCAAUAUUUUUUCUGGUAUUGUGAGCCUAAGCUGCAGAAAUGACUGUGGUGGCAGGAGAUAACAUGGAUGAGACCUCAACCCUGCCAGGGCAUCCACAUGAUCCGUACCAACAUGACCAUGAGGACCACGAGUGCUGCGAGCGUGUUGUUAUCAACAUCUCAGGCCUGCGCUUUGAAACUCAACUCAAAACACUUUCCCAGUUCCCAGACACACUGCUGGGAAAUCCCAAAAAGCGGAUGCGAUACUUUGACCCUUUAAGGAAUGAAUACUUCUUCGACAGGAACCGGCCAAGCUUUGAUGCCAUCCUCUACUACUAUCAGUCAGGUGGGCGGUUAAGAAGACCUGUCAAUGUCCCUUUAGACAUGUUCUCUGAAGAGAUCAAAUUUUAUGAGCUUGGAGUAGAGGCAAUGGAAAAAUUUCGUGAGGAUGAGGGCUUUAUUCGUGAAGAGGAGCGUCCACUGCCAGACAAUGAAUUUCAGAGACAAGUAUGGCUCCUGUUCGAACACCCAGAGAGCUCAGGCCCUGCACGAGGCAUUGCAAUUGUGUCAGUAAUGGUCAUUCUGAUAUCUAUAGUAAUAUUUUGUUUGGAGACCUUGCCAGAACUCAAAGAGGAUCCACAAGGGCGUUUGCAGACUAUUGGGAACAGCACUUUUUUCUACAAGCCAAACAUUUUCACAGACCCCUUCUUUAUUGUGGAAACCCUCUGCAUCAUUUGGUUCUCAUUUGAACUGAUUGUACGUUUUUUUGCUUGCCCGAGCAAGGCAGCGUACUUUAAAAACAUGAUGAACACGAUAGAUGUAGUGGCAAUCAUUCCCUAUUUCAUUACGCUUGGCACAGAGCUUGCUGAAGAUGAAGAGGGGAAGGAAGUAAAGGUAUCGGGUGAACAGGCCACAUCUCUGGCAAUCCUCAGGGUUAUUCGUCUUGUCCGGGUGUUUAGGAUCUUCAAAUUGUCAAGGCACUCUAAAGGACUGCAGAUAUUGGGGCAAACGCUGAAAGCCAGCAUGAGAGAGCUGGGCCUCUUAAUCUUUUUUCUUUUCAUCGGUGUCAUCUUAUUCUCUAGCGCAGUGUAUUUUGCAGAGGCUGAAGAGAAGGAGUCCUUCUUCACCAGUAUUCCUGAUGCAUUCUGGUGGGCCGUGGUGUCAAUGACUACCGUGGGCUACGGUGAUAUGUACCCUGUGACCAUCGGUGGCAAGAUUGUGGGUUCCCUUUGCGCCAUUGCUGGUGUGCUCACCAUUGCACUUCCCGUCCCUGUGAUUGUGUCCAACUUUAACUAUUUUUACCACAGAGAAACAGAAGGAGAGGAGCAGGCACAGCUCCUUAAUGUGAGUAAUCCCAACAUUGCAUCUGACUCCGACUCCAGUCGACGCAGCUCAUCUGUCAUAAGCAAGUCGGAAUACGUGGAGACAGAUGAUGACAUGAAUAACAGCAUUGACAAUUUUAGGGAGGCAAACCUGAGAACUGGGAACUGCAUCUCAAACCAGAACUGUGUGAAUAAGGGCAAGCUUCUGACCGAUGUGUAAUUCUGGUUUUAUUUUAUUUUCAAGAAACAACAAACAUGACUUAAUAAUAAGGGAAUGCUUUAUAUAGGCCUAGGUCAAUGCAUUAUUGCAUUGUAUUUGCUUUACCAAUACAAGGAAUAUAUUCAUAAGCCACUGAAUUUUAAAAUGCUUGCUGAAAAUAAAGAUAUUGUAGAUAAAAAAGGAGAAGAAAUACAGUUCCAAAUGGAAACUCUGUCCACCUGACAGUAUGAUGAGAAGGAAAGUAGACUAGACAUGGAUUAUUAUGUCUAUAACAUCUGGAAUUGAGUUCCUGAUUGAGUUCCAGAUUCUGAUAUGUUGUCUCUUUUUUGGGUGAUAGGUGCAGUUGAUCUCAAGGCUCACUGAACAACAAUGCACCUCAUUAUUAAUGGAAAAAUCAUGGCUUCUUGCCAGUGCUCAUAUUUCUCCAUCAGAUGCUAAAACUCUUAUUACUAUAAGAUCCUAUUCCAUGUGAAAAAAGAACAUGGCUUUUGGAAGUGUAUAAGCAUGUUGAAAUAUUCUUCGGUUAUCAAUCAUGGCAUGCUCAAAUCAUUACCUCAAUAUUUUCUCUAUUCAUUUACAUAUUGCCCUCAGAAUUCAGACUUUGGUUUUGCAAAAUGCAGUGCUUAUGUUUUGUUGCUGGUAUGGAUUGAGAAAUGAAUGUUUAAUCGUAAGGUUAGUGAAGGAGCAGUGAAGCUUUGAGGCCUACUCAACUCAGGUACUAUGUAUCUUGAUAUAAUUUUAGCAUGGCACCAUUAUUAAAAAGAUCAUAAUGGAUCUUUUUGUAUAUACUUGUUAAUACUGGGAUCCAUACUAAUUUUAACAAUAUAUUUUGAAAUAAUAUAGGAGUAUAUUGUAAUGGCAUUUAUUAGCAAUGCCAUUCCACUCUGAAUAGUAUUACAUCUGCAGUUAAUGGGACAUACAGUAGAGGUAAAACCAUGCAAAUUAUAGAACUGGCAAUUAAUGGAAACUGUUUUAAGAUACGUAAAUUAGGUCUUUGUAGGAUUCCAGGGUAUCUGAUGAUCAGUGAGAUGAACUUUUUGUAUAUGGCUGAUUCAUUAGGCUAUAUCUACAUCUGUCAAUGCAAUGCUUUAAAAGUCAAACAAAUGCAUUCAUGCUUGUCUUAUCAACUUAUCAAUCGGUGAACUUCUGAAAAGCCACUGUACAGCUUUCAUUAACUACCCUUUACUGCUGAAACACAAUUAAGAUUCACAACAUAUUAACCAGUCAACUUUACACGUAAAAUAUUUAGUGUAUCUGCUUUGACAUCUAUGCUGUUUGAAGAUAUACAUAUAUUACUCUGUAUAUGUUGCAUAUAGUGCCUUUAACCCCUUUACUGACAGAAUUUUAAAAAAGUGCCUCCAUGUACAAUAACAUCAGUUUUACUGUGCAACUCCUUUUAACUGUAUGAUGCAAUGUCAAGGACCAAUUUGAUUAUGAUUUGUACUAUAAUAGUCAGAAUAUGCACAGGAAAACAAAGUGAGUCCAUGACAAAUUUCAGAAUGAACAAGGUUCAUCACAAGGCUUCAGUGUGCAGAAAGUCAUGAUUUGCUGAUUGUUAAAAUCAAAUCUGCUUGAGAAGGUGUACAAGGGAAAGUAAAAACUGUUAGACCUCAGAAAACCAGUGGGAUAUCCUUGUUUUUGCCCUGUCAAACAUUGUACAUACAGUAAAACCUGGUCGAUGAGUUAAUCUGAGAAACAGUAAAUGUUGUGUAGAGGUGAGUUAGAAAUAUAUAUUUUUCAUCUUUUUGGAUGUCUGUCCAUCCAUCUCUUUUAUUUUUAUUUUUUUUAGUGUCUGUCUACCUCAAUGUGCUCAUGUAUGGACUAAAAUCCCAGAAGCUUAACAUCCUGCUAGGCAUUCUACCACUGCCUUUUCAAACAACUGUUAAAGAACCAUUAUCUGCUAGUUUAUUCAAAAUAGUGUAAAGGUUUGUGACACUAUUUAAAAAGUGAUCAGCUAUCAAAAUAUAAUCUGAGGCACCAUAGGUAUUCCCUUUUCCAAGAAAUGUUCAACAGAUUUUUAACACUGGAAAUAUAGCAACCUGCUGCACAGAGAAAACAGUAUAUUUAUCCAUAUAACGACAACUGAUAAUUAAAGGGGACCAAUAACAAAUACUUUGUAAACCAGAAAAAUAAUGCUAAACUGGAGAUUACACUGUAUGAUAUGCUGAGCUGCAUGUCUUCGAAAAGCAGUUUGCUAAUCUUCUCAGAGGAAGAAGCCAAGUUAGGAAGGAGUUAGAUUGUUACUGCUAGAAAAAGCUGCAGCACUUUGUCACCUGUAAGUGUAUAAAUAGAUCUUAUAAACCAAGGAAAACAAUGUAGCAGCAGUAUUCUUUAAUCCCCGGGAAGCACAAGUGUUUAAUAAGCAAAGUACUGUCCCUAUAUAUUUCUAUAUAAUAAUACAUAACUUUAAUAGAGGCCAAAGCUGUAGGAAGGAACUAACUUAGAAGCCAUUACAGAUAAUCACAAGGACCAAUAAUAGUUCUGUUUUAACUCUUCAGUUUGGAUGAAGAGCAUGACUGAAAUUUAACUGCCAUUAUAUAUUUUAAAGCAUUUGGUAACGAUUCAACA